AUGUCGGGGGUAAGCUCUCCAGAGCCCAAGGUUGUCUACGACGAGAAUGGCAAGCCCGUUUGUCAUGACCACAGAGAGUAUUUCUGCCAGCCGUGCGGAUUCUUCACGGGCUUCUUCCACGACCAGAAACCCGAGCCUAAGGGGUUAGAGGCAGAACUGGCAGCUACGCGAGACAAACCAUUCGACAUCGAGCACUGGGAACCCGAGUGCGCAGCAAAAGAAGAGCCAGCUCCGCCAGGGGAGGUAUGCGUGGACUAUUGUGCGCAGUGCGAGCUCAACUGGCUCGAACUAGAUCCCGAAGAAGAAAAACUCUCUACCGACUACAGACACUUUAAGCUGCAAACUCACGUCGCCAUGGGUCGCUCUAAGUCCCGUAACGCUUGUACGAAAGAAUGCUACGAGGCAGAAGAUGCCAUCGUUGUGUACCCAGGCACCAGCAACAACAAUGACAAGGCGGCGAUGUCUGCCUUCUUCGGCUCGGGAUCACGUUACCACAUUGCGGUUCCAAUGCGAUCCCGAUUUACCGGUUCUUGCGCCCAAAUCCGAGCUGCCAUCUUUGUAUUGUAUGUCAUACGCGUGAAGGUCAUACCAGCGGUGCUUCCCAUCGACCACUCGAAGCCCGACAAAGCCCAAGUCCUAGCAUGCAAUCGCCAGCUGCAUCAUCAAAACAAGUUCUCAUUCCGCAUCGUCGUGGCUACCGCUUGCGAGGAGCUCAUCGAGACAUUUUGUGGUGGUCUACGGCCGCAGGACCUCGGAGAGGGAAGGUGGGAACUGCGAGAUAAGGACGGCCAGCCCGUCCCGUACCCGGCGGAGUAUCGUAGACUCUGUAUCGAGGUCAAGCUUCUCGAGAAGGAAGGGUUCUCAGUGAUGUGGAACCACGUCGCGCGAAAAUCUGCGGCAAGGGCUGACGAUCUCACUGAAACUAUUCUGCCGAACCGGACCCGCGCCCCUAGCCAGAGGUCGUCACCCCUGACUCAGAGAUCAGCACGUCUGCUGUACCAACACCUACAGCCCCCUUCCAGAAAGAAGGCUCCCGAAUCACAUUUCUAG